AUGGAACCGCUGGAGCCCUUGGCGCCCGUGGGCUCGCCCGCGUCGGGCGACGUGCCGCCCGUCGACGUCGACGCCAAGAAGAAGGACGACGGCGUCGUCGUGACGUCGCGUGCCAUUGACGAGAAGGUGCAUGACCUCGUCGACAAGCUCGGCGACACCGCGGCCGGCCUGGCGCCCGCCGACGACAUUGCCUUUGUCAUGGACAAGAUCGACACGCUGUCGGUCGACGAGGCCCGGGCGAUCCUCGAGAAGCUGCUGGUCGACCACGAGUACGACUACAACUUUUCGCAGCUGCAGCGCGACAAGAUCCGCGCGCUGCUCAAGGGGCCCGCCUCCAGCGACAGCGACGUCGCGAGCAAGGAAGGCGAGGGCGCCGGCACCGGCACCGACACCGACGACUGGGAGCUGCGCCUCAAGACCGAGGCGGCCAUCAACAAGUUCUACUCGCCGUACCCCGAGGUGCGCGCCGUGUCGGCGCCGACGGACGACCCGUCCAUCCCCUGCGAGACGAUCCGCGCCCACCUGCUCGGCUACGUCUGGGCGGCCCUCGCGCAGUUCACCAACUCGCUCUUCAACUCGCGCUUCCCGACCAUCUCGCUGACGUCCGCCGUCGCGCAGAUCCUGCUGUACCCCUGCGGCCUGCUGCUGGCCUGGGUGCUGCCGGACUGGGGCUUCACCUUCCGCGGCCAGCGCGUGUCCCUCAACCCAGGCCCCUGGACGUACAAGGAGCAGAUGCUGGCCACCAUCAUCGUCGACGUCGGCCUCACGUCCGCCUACUGCUUCUGGAACAUCCAGACGCAGACCGUCUACUACGGCGACAAGUGGCUGACGCCCGGCUACGGCAUCCUGCUGCUGCUGUCGACGCAGCUCAUGGGCCUCGGCUUCUCCGGCCUCAUGCGCCGCUUCGUCGUCUACCCCGUCGAGGCCCUGUGGCCCAACAUCCUGCCCACGCUGGCCCUCAACCGCGCGCUGCUGCUGCCCGAGACCGACGAGGUCGUGCACGGCUGGCGCAUCUCGCGCUACCGCUUCUUCUUCGUCGUCUUCAGCGCCAUGUUUGUCUACUUCUGGGUGCCGGGCUACCUGUUCCCCGCGCUCAGCUACUUUGCCUGGAUGACGUGGAUCAAGCCCGACAACUUCAACCUCAACAUGAUCACGGGCUCCUCGUACGGCCUGGGCUUCAACCCCAUCCCGACGUUUGACUGGAACGUGCUCGGCACCUACUACCUGCCGCUGGCCUACCCCUUUUUCGUGUAUGCCCAGCAGUACGCCGGCAACCUGCUGGGCGGCCUCAUCAUCGUCGCGCUCUACUACUCCAACACCAAGUGGUCCGCCUACCUGCCGCCCAACACGUCGGGCAUCUUUGACAACACGGGCAGCUCGUACAACAUCUCGCGCGUCGUGGAGCAGGGCACGGGCGCCUUCAACGAGACGGCCUACCUCGAGUACUCGCCGGCCUUUUACGGCGCCGGCAACCUCACGCUCUAUGGCGCCUUCUUCGCCUUCUACCCGCUGACCAUGGUCUUCAUCCUGCUGGACUCGUGGCGCCCGCUGCUCCGGGCCUACAAGUCCAGCCUCCGGGCCGGCCUCGACUUUGUGCGCCAGAUUUUCGUCGGCACCAAGAACGCCGUCGUGGCGCUGGCCAAGGGUGACGUGCGCGGCGCCGGCCGCCACCUGGCGUCCAUUGUCCGCUCCGACGUCUCCAUCUACGACGAGUUUGACGACCCCUUCACGCAGCUGCUGCGCGCGUACCCGGAGGUGCCCGACUGGUGGUUCACCGUCAUUUUUUUGGUGUCCUUUGUCUUUGCCGUCGUGAUCCUGGCGCACUGGGAGCAGCUCAACACGCCCGUCUGGACCAUCUUCUUUGUCAUUGGCCUCAACCUCGUCUUUCUGAUUCCCAUGAGCUACCUGUACGCCAUCUCGGGCAACACCGAGGGCCUCAACGUCGUCACGGAGCUCAUCAUCGGCUACGCGCUGCCGGGCCACCCCGAGGCGCUCAUGUUCGUCAAGGCCUUUGGCUACAACAUCAACGGCCAGGCGGACAACUACAUUUCCGACCAAAAGAUGGGCUUCUACGCCAAGGUCCCGCCCCGCGCCAUGUACCGCGGCCAGAUCAUCAGCUCCGUCAUCACCGCCCUCAUUGCCUACGGCGUCGUGCAGUUUGCCGACAACGACAUCCCCGGCAUCUGCACCCACGACCAGGUCUCCCACUUCAACUGCGAGAACGGCUCCGGCGUGUACUUUUCCUCGUCUGUUAUUUGGGGUGCCAUUGGUCCCCAACGCAUCUUCAGCCAGAUCUACCCUGCGCUCAAGUACUGCUUCCUGCUCGGCUUCCUCCUUGCCCUUGUCUGGUGGGCGGUCAAGUACUACGGCGCCAAGGCCCGCUCGGUGGCCCGCCGCGUGCUGCCCGCCGCCGUCUACAAGCCGCUCGACCUUGCCGUCUUCACCCCCGUCUCCUGGCUCAAGCACGUCCACCCGUCCCUCGUGUUCAACGGCUUCCUCUACUGGGCGCCCCUCAACCUGUCCUACUUCACCGGCGGCCUCUACAUUUCGUUUGCCUUUAUGUACUACCUCCGCCGCAACAAGACCGCCUGGUGGGAGAAGUACAACUACGUCCUGUCGGCCGCGCUCACCGGCGGCGUCGCCUUUUCCGGCAUCAUCAUGUUCUUCGCCGUCCAGUACCACCCCAAGUCCAUCAGCUGGUGGGGCACCGACAUCGUGGGCGCGACCAUUGACGGCGGCGCCGGCCAAAUUGCGCUGUACCCGAACCUGCCAGAGAAGGGCUACUUUGGCCCGGACACGUGGUCGUAA